CUGGGAUCUAAUUUGUAAUAUUGUGAAUUGUGAUUUGUAAUUGUAAAUUUAAAUAGUGAUAAACAUAAUAACGUUGAAUAUGGAGUAAUAGUAAAAAAAUAGAGAAAAAUAAGUGGUUUCUUGGACAAGCACUCUGUAUUGCCUUGUUGGGUUUGUUUUGGUUUUUCACUUGCUUUGACCGUGAGCUCCAAUGGAUAAACCAGACGACCUUCAACCCAACAAACCUCGUGAUGUAAAGAAGGGAAAUCCCAAGAUCAUUGAGGGCCAAACUGCUCAGAAAGGGAAAAAGUCUAAGGCAGAAUUAAAAGCUGAACGAAGGGCCAAACAGGAGGCACAACGAGCUGCCAAAAACAAAGUCUUAAAUGAGCCAGCUUCAUCAGAAGACAGCAAAAUGACAAAAGAUUCUGGAAAGAAUAGUGGAGAAGGUGCAAAUAAAACAGAAAAAAAAGGACAACAGGGAAGUCAAAGAUGGAAUAAAAUUCAAAAACAAGAAAUUGGCAAAACAACCAAGUCCACUACAUCUGAUGCCAAAGGUGAGGUUAGAGUGUUGUCCAGUGUUCAAGCAGACGAUGAGAAACCAAAGAAAAUUGCAAAGAAACUUGCUAAAGAGAAUGUUCCUCAGCGUAUGUCAGUGCAGAAAAAAGUUGGCCUUUUUUCACAUUUACAUCAAUAUGAGAGACAACAGAGUCUUACAAAAGAAAUCAAGUUCACAUCAGGAAGUAUUCAUCCAGCAAUCAUAAAACUUGGAUUACAACAUGCUGAGGGUAUUAUUAGUGGUUCCAACGCAAGAUGCGUUUCGUUGUUGGUCGCGUUAAAACAAGUGAUUACGGACUACACGACACCAACUGAUAAAGAAUUAAAUAGAGAUCUUGAAGCCAAACUAAAACCUAAUAUUACAUUCUUAACACAAUGUCGUCCGCUUUCAGUGAGCAUGGGAAAUGCCAUCAAAUAUCUAAAACUGCAAAUAACACAAACACCACGAACUAUGUCAGAAAAACAGGCUAAGGCAAACCUGAUUGAGUGUGUGGACAGUUUCAUUAAAGAAAUAGUGCUGGCUGGCGAAGCUAUUUCCAAGACUUAUGCCAUUCAGAAAGUCACCGAUGGUGAUGUCAUCAUGACGUAUGCAUGCUCAUCGCUAAUUGUAAAGAUUUUGAAAGACGCUUUCGAUGCAGGAAAAAGGUUUCAUGUGAUUGUAAUUGAUUCUAGACCAAAAAAUGAAGGAAUUCGUUGUCUGAAACAGUUAUUAAAACAUGGUGUGCGAUGUUCUUAUGCACAAAUAACAUCACUGGCGUAUCUUAUCAAGGAGGUGUCUAAAGUUUUUCUUGGUGCGCAUGCGUUGCUGGCAAAUGGUUGUGUAAUGUCGAGGAUUGGUUCCGCCAUGGUGACCCUGGUAGCUAAGAGAUCAAAUGUUCCCGUUCUAGUUUGUUGUGAAACAUACAAGUUCUGUGAUCGUGUGCAAACGGAUGCUUUUGUUUUUAACGAGUUGGGUGAUCCGGACGACUUGAUACCAGACGGGCAUUCUCCAGGUGACGAGAUUCUUAACAACUGGCGACAGUAUGACUCGCUUAACCUAUUGAAUUUAGUCUAUGAUGUCACGCCUUCUGAUUUCGUUUCUAUGGUGAUCACAGAGAUCGGUAUGAUUCCCUGUACGUCAGUUCCGGUUGUCCUUAGGGUAAAAAAUGUCGAGUAUCAAUGACAUCAUUUUUGGUUCAUCUUAAAUGGAGUGACAGGUGAGGCAAUAACAUAUGACUUCCGAGAUGGCAAGGAUGGCUUCAUUGAAGUACUUCGCUUUGGUUGUAAGUCUAAGCAUAAAUAAUUAAUUACAGGAGUACUUGAAUAUAUAUGUUAUUAAUAGUUUCUGUAUCACUGGUUUUAUUCAAAUGCCUGAACUGCUCUUGCCCAAAAUUAUGAUUGGGAUCAUCCUUACUUGAAUAAUAAACAUUAAUAAUGAUGUGUA